AAGCAGCUCCUCUUGAACGGGCUCGACACCCAGGGAGGAGGGGGGGUGAAUUUCUCUCCCUACCGCCACCCCUGACCCGUCCGUGUCUGUUUCGCUCCGGCAUAUUGUUCAAUAUUGUUGUUGUUGUUAUUGUUAUUGAAUUGGUUUCUCUCCCAUACCGUGACGAGUGGAAUUAUCCCUUUCGAGGAAAAGCAAAUUGUUUCCUUGGCUUUAUUUUGCAGUUGGGCAAAAGUUCCUGAUAUUUCACUGCCUACUUUUUGCCAGGUUCUUUCAAAUGCAGCGAUUCAGCUCGAACACACAGAAAUUAAAGGGAUUGUAGAAGCAGAAAAUAUUUGGUUGUAUGCGUCAUACUGCCCGAUCCUAUGCAGGUUUACUCCCAAGUAGUCUAGAGUGUUUUCGAGGAGACUUGCUCCCUUACAAUCUGGCAGCAUGGAUCCACAGGUAAAUCUCAGUGUGACCUUCCAAGGUGACACACAGAGCUUCCUUGUGUCAGAUUCAUCUAAUACCACUUGGGCUGAUGUGGAAGCUAUGGUGAAAGUCUCAUUUGAACUGAAUGAUAUCCAGAUCAAGUACCUAGAUGAGGAUCACGAUGAGGUGUCCGUCAAUACUGCAGAAGAAUAUGAAGAAGCUCUUAAGAUUGCAGUGAAGCAAGGCAAUCGGCUACAGAUGAAUGUUUAUGAAACAAGUGCUCCUUCAGGUAUGCCUUCCCAGCAAGCCCCUGAGAAGACUGAGAAAAUCCAUAAUCCCAAGGAUGGGAGGAAGCCCCUUGCCCACUAUUCCAUGCUCCCUCAGACCUUGGCACAGGAUAAAGACACUGAAAGAGAGAAUGGGAAGAAACAGUCUCCCCAGAAUGGGCACCAUCCCACCGAGGCUCCUCCGGAGUGGUUCACAAGCUACUUGGAAAGGUUCCGGGAGCAAGUGGUUCAAGAGACUGUUGAAACGCUUGAACAGAAGCUGAGUGAGAAGCUCCUCCUUUCCAGCCAGCUCCCCAGCUCCUUGAGCAGCUCUACACACCAAGCUCCUGUGAGCCCCUUGGUGCAAGGGAACCCCUUUGACUGGCUUCUUUCCUGCAGUAACUGUCAGACUCCCAUUGUGGGCAUUCGCUAUCAAUGCAGUGUGUGCCCAUCCUAUAGCAUUUGUGAAUUGUGUGAAGCAGGGAUGUAUGCCCAUGACCCUAACCAUGUGCUUUUGAAGCUACGGAGACCUGUACUAUGUAUCUCGGAGACUUAUAAUCUUGGGCAGUUUUCACCUCGCUUUGCCGCUCUGGAACAAGUCAGGCUUCAGAAACAGAUGGACAAGCGUUUCCUGAAGGCAGAGAAGCAGCACUUGCGAGCAGAGAAGAAGCAGCGCAAAGCUGAGGUGCGGGAACUCAAGAAGCAGAUGAAGCUGCAUCGAAAGAUUCACCUGUGGAACUCUGUCCAUACGCUAGACAACGCCGGCCUGACAACUGCCAAAUCUGAGAGCCUGCAACCCAAUACACUUCUUCCUCUCCAAGGCUGCUCAGUCGUUGUCCCUACAUUGAGUGCUGCCUUUGUGGAUGAGAAUCUGCCAGAUGGAACGCUCCUCCAGCCAAGGACAACCUUCAUCAAGCAUUGGCGCAUGAGGAAUACUGGCAACAUGGAGUGGAGCUCCGACACCAAGCUGAAAUUCAUGUGGGGCAACUUAACUCUGGUGUCCUCUGACAAGAAGAAUGUAACUGUGCCCUCCCUGCUACCUGGGCAAGAGGGCGUUGUCUCUGUGGAGUUUGUAGCCCCCCCAGUGGAAGGAACCUACACAUCUCAUUGGCGGUUAUCACACAGGGGGGAGCAGUUUGGGCCCAGGAUCUGGUGCAGCAUUGUGGUAGAUCCCUCCUCCUCCAACACUGACUGCCCAGAGAAUGACAAACUGAUGUCUGGUUUCUGUAAGAAAGGCCGAUCCCAUUGUAAGAAAGAGGAAAUACCCUCAAAGUUCAAGGUGCAAACUGCUGAUAGUGCCAUGAAGGGAGGUUUGGCCAGCCGUGCUGCUGCACCAAAGCUGAAGAGCAUCCUCAGUGCUAGAGAGUUUUACAUCCCAUCAGUUGACCUUCUCACAGCUCAGGACUUGCUAUCCUUUGAAUUGCUGGAUAUUAACAUAGUGCAAGAACUGGAGCAGGUUCCACACAACACUCCAGUUGACAUGACUCCAUACAUGUCACCCCUGCCCCAUGACAGUUUCCUGCUGGGAGAGGCUGGCUUGGACAAGAUACAAGAGGAGAGUGAGGGGAGCACAUGUAAACCACUGCCUGAUGCUCAGGUAGGGAAAGGGAAAGCUGAGAAUCCAGCUAACCAAGAGGAAGGAGAGGAAGACAUGAGUGGGACUCAGUUUGUGUGUGAAACGGUCAUUCGCUCUCUCACCUUGGAUGCUGCACCUGACCACAGGCCCCCACAGAAGCAAGAGUCUUCACAGGGUUCUGUGCGAGUGCUGCAGAAUACUGCCCACUACAGCUCAAACAACAUGGACCCCAUUAGGGUAGAAAACGGUCCUGUUCCCACACCACAGGAACAAGAGUCCAAGAAUCAAGGCACGGAGGUGGCCAAAGAGCCUGAGUUUGAGAACCUCCUGCUGCAAGAUGGGGAGGAACUGAGUGAUGGGGAGGCUGAGGAUGAUGCUAAGGAUGAAGUCUGCAGCCAGGUAUCCUGUACCUCCUCUGAGGAUUACAUCAUCAUCCUCCCAGAAUGCUUUGACACCAGUCGUCCUCUGGGAGAGUCUAUGUACAGUUCUGCGCUCUCUCAGCCAAGCUUGGAAAAAGUAGCUGAGGCCUCAGCAAGUCCUGGAGAAGAGAGCCACCCCCCAGCUCAUAGUAUCAAUGACAUCCUGACCACCUCACAGACCCUGGACGAUGUGCCACUGAACCCUCAGAUCCUGGAACCGCAGCCUGCAAGAUCUGUGACCCCUUCUGAAAAUAACGGUUCCAAAGAAGCAAGUUUUCCCAGUGAAGAAGAAGCCCCUUGGUGGGUUCCUGACCAAACAAGAGAAGUGUUCCAAGGAGCAGAAGUUUCUGAACUUCUACCUGCAGGGAAUGUAAAUAACACACCAACAUGUCCAGAAUUCACCAGACACACCCACAGCAACAGCCUUGCUGGUGACCUAGUGAAAGGGGCCUUGUCAGUGGCUGCCUCCGCUUACAAGGCACUGUUUGCUGGACUACCCUCCAUGGAGCAGGUACUUCCUGUGGCCACCGAAGACCAGAUGGCCCCCUUUCUAGCCAAUCUGAGCGAGAUGGGCUUCUGUGACCGGCUCCUUAACCUCAGGCUGCUGCGAAAGCACAAUUGUGACAUGGCCCAAGUUGUCACUGAGUUGCUACAACUGAGUCACAGUGACUGGUAUGGGAACUAAUACUGAACCUUUUUUCAUCUUGCUCAUUAAAACCUGAGCAGCAAACGGCACCAGCAGCUUCCAGCUCCCUUCUGUUCCACAAAGCAGAGCUUGGCUUGGCUUCUGUCUUUCAUCACGUCACAUUUCACCACCACCAAUAUUCAAUGACUCGGACACUAGGAUUUCUUUAAAAUUUAUUAGAGUUUUUUUUCCAAACCGGCAUAAUACUAAUUUUGUGCAGUAGAAAGGAGGCGAAUGUGCACAAGAAAUGUAAGUGACCUAUGUCCCUAAGAACUUUAUGGCUGUCAUUCACAUGCUACAAACAAGCCAGAGACUUGGGGGACUAUCCUGUAUUUUCCUGCCCAUCCGGUCUUCUCUUGCAGAUGGAGGCAAGGGGAUGUUGGAGCUAAACUAAAGACCCUCCUUCAGAUUCUGUCCUCCCAUGAUGGGGGUGACUGAGCUCUUUGCCCUUUUUGUUUGCUUUAGAACCUUUCUGCAUCUUGUUGAAGCAAUAAUUCUACCAGCUUUUCAUGUUGUGUUUGCAGGGCACUGACACUACAUAAAAAUUUUUUGUCAUAGUCUAGUUAUUGCCACUCUUAGCCAAUCCCAUCAAAACCUAAAUGCUGCUGUUUGUGAUUAAUUAUAGGAAAUGAAAUACUGUGAAAGGAGCAAAGUUGGUAGCAAGACUGAAUAGGUGGUUUGCCAUAAAAAUACCAAAACAAAGAGCAGUUGCUCUUACUAUGUACAUCUUUAGAGGUAUAUUUAAUAGUUGUUAUCACUUAAGUAUUUGAAGGACAGAUGAUCAAGAAACACUUGGGGGGGUGGAAGCAAAACUAUUUUUGUAGACAAAUUCCUAUAUCUUAAGAGUUUGUUUCAAAUGAAUAGACUCUUAUGUCCAGUAUUCUGUGAUCCUCCCAGCCCACCUGUUGGACCAAUUUGUAGAAAAGAUUGCACAAUUUUUAACAAAUGUUGAUGCAAUUUGAACAUGUUAAUAAUGCCUGUCAGAUAUUCUUGCAUAGAACAGAGCAUUAAAGACAUUGGGGAAAAUGCUGGAUGAGAGAUGGCAUUAAAGGAGGCAAUUUCCCCUGCCUCUAUCAGUCAAAGACAGAAGAUUCAAAUCCAAGAAGAAAUCGUGCCCAAACUCUACUUAAAUAAACAGGAUGUGUGUCCAUUCCAACUGGAUUACUUAACUCUCAGGUGUUCCUUUGGCUUUUCAAAUAACAUAAAAAGAAUGAUGAUAAUUGUUUUUAAAAAAGCAUGGUGAUGCAUUGAACCCAAAUCUGGCACUUUCUGUGAUGGGGUAAAUUCUGUUUUUUGUGUGACUUUUGGCAGGGAGGUGGAGAUGGCUAAUAUGAUUGGGAAAAGGAAUUCAGAAAGGGGGGAAGUUAGAAUGCCCUCUUUUUGCUUAAGAAGAGGGAAUACUCUUAAAUGUUGAGGGAAAAUCCACUUGUGCCAUGCGCUGCUUUUUUUCCUCUAACUUGUGCAUGGAAAGCUGGGUAUCUCUGAUCAGAAAUCUUCAGAUUGGGACUUCUCUUGCUUUGGGUUGAUGGGGAACAACCUUGAUAUUCCUAGACAGGUCAUCUUGUUUCUCUUUAAUUAGUUUUAUUGCUAUCAAUCCAUUCAGCCAACUUCCUGUUAGCCUUGGUAGAAAGAUCUUUAUUUUUAGGUUUCAUAAAAGAUGAAAUUUUCUUUUGUUGGCUUUGUAUUUUAUGAGAGGAUGCAUGGAUGAUAAUUUAAAGAGUGCAAAUAUUAGGAUCUUUGUAUAUUGUGUAGAAUAAACACUUUAAACAGUCUUUGGGUGUGACAAAAUAAAGUAUAAAUAAAAUAAAGUAUAAAUUAA